CUCCCGACAGUUAUCGCGGCGGCGGCCAUGUCCGACGAGGUGUACGACGCUGACGGCGACAUCAGCCGCUACCUGCAGACCCCGUCGCUGGAGCCUCUUGUGCUCGCAGUGCCUGACGACGGUGAGACCGCGGCAACGCACGUCGUCGAGGCGCCGCAGCAUGUGCCGCCGCCCGUUCAUGGGGGCGUGGCCUUACCAACGGCACCGACGACGCCGGUGAACCUGUCUAUGGAGUUCGGCAACGACGAUGUCCAGAACAAUCAUGCGAUGACGAUGGACGUGCAGCCGCUGCAGGGUCAAGGUCAGUACGGUUUCCCUGCAGAACAAUCAUGCGUUCUUCCGGAACUACUAGGAGCCUUGUCACUGUACGACCAUUAUUCCAUGGAUGACGGGGACGACGACACUACUGUUGACGCUCUCUUCAAGAGCGCCGAGGACGCCGGCAACAAUCACAGCAGCGCCGUGGCGGUAGAGCACUCCGUGCUCCCUGUUGAGGAAGACCUAAUAACCUUCGUGCCGUUCGUUCUCGGCCAACUGGAUUGCUCCAAGUGCCGAUCAGUCAGGGAGGUGCUCCAUGAAAGCGCAAAUCACAAGCUCUAUUUUGUUGUGCACGUCGGGGACCCUGCUGGAACAUUCCAACACGCGAUCAUUGAUCGCGCGUAUAUCGAUGCCAGUGGCCAAACCAUACUGAACGAGCUCAUGUAUGCUGAUCUCCGCAAGCGCACACAUGGGCGUGUGCAGAACUUCAUCGCAAACAGUGUGGAAAUGCUCAAGAACGACACCAGUGGGAAGCUGACGGACUCUUGUUCUACAUUCCAGGCAAACAACAGCAUGCACAUAGAGCUAGAGACGAAUAUGCUGAAGGAGAUACUUUCCGCGCCUUCUUCUAAUACUGAAGCAGUAGGCGUCCCUCAGUCAGGUCCUCAAGCUCCUCAUCAAACAGUCACGCGGGCAGAAGUAAACACCAAUGUUGAUGACACUGUGCUUAAUAACGCUGCUAAUUGGCCUGUGUUUUCUCCUCCUGCUGCAAUACUUGAAUCUUCACAAGUUAGUGUUCAACGUGGAAUGCCAUCGUCCAGUGAUGCCAGUGCAACAGGCAACGAAAGUCUGCUUGCAAAGCAACGCCGAAGAAUCUCCCAGUUGACCAUGAAAGAUAUAGCCAACUUAAUGCACAUGAGCAAGAAAGAUGCCGCCAAGAAACUGAAUAUUUCAGUCACAUCUCUCAAGCGGCUCUGCCGGAAGAACAACACUGACCGCUGGCCUGCUCGCAAGAUCAAUUCACUCGACAGUCAGAUUAAGAAGCUCGAGGAAGCUGCACUGAGAAAUGUUGGGACGACAGGCCUGCUGGCGAUUAAGGAAAAGAUGGAAAAGCUGAAUUAUGAGAAGGCAAUGGUUUAUGCCUCCGUCUGGAAGGUUAUCCAGGAGAACCAGAAGCAUAACGAUGGUGCUGGUGGCAGCAGUGGUUGAUAACUACUCGAAAUUAAUAAUCCAAGAAAAACGGACGCUGAGUCUGAGACUGAGUGGUUGAAUGAACUUUGUCAGCCCAUUGCUACUAUGUUUAUCUCUGUGGUGUUCUGUCGAUUUGUAACAGUUUGUGGUCAUCAAAACACAGUCAGUGAUAAUCACAUGUGCACUUCUUUUCCGCA